UUCUCUCACAAAAACCCUAAUUUUGUUCUUCAAAUUUCACUCUGUAGUGCUCUGUACUUACAAAAAAAAAAAAGAAAAAAAAAGAUCACAAUUCACCGCUCGUCGACGCAUUUGGAGAAGCAGAGCCACCAUGGUUGCCGCCAAGAAAACUAAGAAGACCCAUGAGAGCAUUAACAAUAGGCUUGCUCUAGUUAUGAAGAGCGGCAAGUAUACUUUGGGUUAUAAGACUGUUCUUAAGACUCUUAGAAACUCCAAAGGAAAGCUUAUUAUCAUUGCCAACAACUGCCCUCCUCUCAGGAAGUCUGAGAUUGAGUAUUAUGCUAUGUUGGCAAAGGUUGGAGUCCACCACUACAACGGAAACAAUGUAGACUUGGGGACGGCUUGUGGUAAAUACUACAGGGUCUGUUGCCUCAGCAUCAUCGAUCCAGGUGAUUCUGAUAUCAUUAAGAGCAUGCCUGGUGACCAGUGAGGCUUGCAAUUCUGAAUCUUGGAAAAUUGUUCAUUUUGUUUUUCCUUUUCCUAUGAGAAGAAUAGCUAGUGUAGAUGAUAAUUCUACUUUAUUUGUGAUGACUGUCAAGAUAAUUUUGAUGGUAUUGGAAUUAUUUUUUCUGUCUUUGAGCUAGUAAUUUUACUUUUUAUGAACAACCUCUAAAUUUGGCUGGUCAAAUCUUUGUUGGAGUUAAGUUUGCAAAAUUGCUUUUGUUAA